AUGUCUAAUCAAGAAGAACAUGUGCAGCAGCCAACUGUCAGGUAUGAAGUUAUGUAUAUGCCAAAGUUUACGUGGACCCAUGAAAUGAGUCAUGAGUUGCUAGUGUUAGCUAAUAAAGAGAAAGAUAAAGGAUACUGGAGAGUAAGGAGGCAGUAUGAUAUCUAUAAACGUGUCACAAAGAACGCCACCGGGUUGGGAUUCAAUGAGUUCGGAGAGCUAAACAUGAGCAAUGACUGGUGGGAUCAACUGAUUAAGGCUUGUCCCGAUGCCUCAAAAGUUCGUCAAUAUCCACUACGUGAUAUUCCACUCCUUGAUAAUUUAUACAGCAAAGUUACAAUAUCGGUAAGUGAAGGAUGGCAACACCAGGACGGACCGAGUCAAUUGCCUCAAGAUACAGAACUUGAAGAAGAAGAAGAACUUGAAGAGAUACUAUCACCCAUCCGUAGACCUGAAGACAAUCCGAAGACACACCAAACACAUGUCUCUGGUAAGUCUAAGGAGAAACCAGCCAAACCAAGAUCUUCGCGGAAAAGACCUAACUUGGAUCAUUGGGAUCGUAUCACAAGUACCCUAGAAAAUCAAYAGAGGUUUUGGUCAGCGGGUCGGAAAACAUUUGACUCUUUUAACCCAUUUAGUAGUGCCAUAUGCACUGAAGAGUUGCUAAAAAUGUCUACUCUAGACCAUGAUGGCGAGUUGUAUUGGACGGCUCUUGAGUACCUGGCUGGAGACGAGAAUAGUCGUCAGAUUUUCUUAACUUUGCCGAAUGAYGAGCAAAAGAUUAAGUAUCUAGAAAGAGUCACUGGAAAGAAGAACUAG